GUUGCUUGGACCUAAAUCUCUUCUGCUCAUUUCUGCUGCUGGUACAGAGCAUCCCCACCUAGAACUGAGAUAAAGCCUAUCUGCAGGUGCAAUGCCUUACCCAUCGCGAUCGGAUGAGUUGCUUUUCUUUGUGAAUGGGAGGAAGGUGAUAGAAAGGAAUGCAGACCCGGAAGUGACUCUGCUGAACUUCCUACGAAAAAACCGGACCCUUUGUCUCACAGGAACCAAGUAUGCCUGUGGCAGAGGAGGAUGCGGCGCCUGCACCGUGAUGGUGUCUAAGCAUGACCCCAUGUCCAGGAAGAUAAGACACUUCUCAGUCACUGCAUGCCUGGUGCCCAUCUGCUCUCUGCACGGGGCUGCUGUCACCACUGUGGAAGGUGUUGGAAGCAUCAAAACUAGGCUUCACCCUGUACAGGAAAGGAUUGCCAAGAGCCAUGGGACUCAGUGUGGAUUCUGCACCCCCGGGAUGGUGAUGUCCAUGUACACACUGCUCAGGAAUCACCCCCAGCCCUCAGAAGAGCAGCUCAUGGAAGCCCUGGGAGGUAACCUCUGCCGUUGCACUGGGUAUCGGUCAAUUCUGGCAGGUGGAAGGACCUUCUGCAUGGAGUCCAAUGGCUGUCAGCAGAAAGAAACAGGAAAAUGCUGUCUGGAUCAAGGAGAGAAUGAUUCUUCCUCACUCGACAGGAAAAGUGACAUUUGCACAGAGUUAUUUGCAAAAGAGGAGUUCCAGCCCUUGGACCCUACGCAGGAGCUCAUAUUUCCCCCAGAACUUUUGAGGAUGGCAGAGAACCCGGAAAAACGAACCUUGAUCUUUUAUGGAGAGAGGGUGACCUGGAUCUCCCCUGGGACUCUCAAGGAUCUCCUGGAGCUGAAAGGAAAACACCCAGAAGCCCCUCUCAUCCUGGGCAACACCUCACUAGGACCCACAAUGAAAUCUCAAGGACAUUUCCAUCCAAUUCUCCUCUCUCCUGCUAGGAUCCCUGAGCUGAGUACGGUGACUAAAACAAGUGAUGGACUGACAAUCGGUGCUGGCUGCAGCCUGGCCCAGAUGAGAGACAUCUUGGCUGAGAGGAUCUUGGAGCUCCCAGAGGAGAAAACUCAGACCUUCCGAGCGCUCCUGAAGCACCUACCACAUCUGGCGGGCCAGCAGAUCCGGAAUAUGGCAUCCUUAGGGGGACACAUCAUAAGCCGGCAUUGCUAUUCUGACCUGAAUCCAGUUCUUGCUGUGGGCAAUGCUACUCUCAAUCUGAUAUCAGAAGAAGGCUCGCGGCAGAUUCCUUUAAAUGAAUAUUUUCUUGCUGGGUUGGCAAGUGCAGACCUUAGGCCAAAGGAAAUUUUGGAAUCCGUGCAUAUCCCUCACUCUCGGAAGUGGGAAUUCGUGUCAGCCUUCCGACAGGCCCAGUGUCAGCAAAAUGCCUUGCCCGAUGUGAAUGCUGGCAUGCGAGUCCUUUUCAAAGAAGGCACAGACACCAUUGAGGACCUGAGUGUUGCCUACGGAGGGGUAGGGGCUGCCACCAUCUGUGCACAGAAAUCCUGCCAGCAGCUCCUCGGGAGGCGCUGGAAUGAGCUGAUGCUGGAUGAGGCUUGCAGAUUGCUUCUGGAUGAAGUCUCUCUCCCAGGCUCGGCUCCGGGUGGCAGAGUGGAGUUCAGAAGGACUCUGGUAGUCAGCUUCCUCUUCAAAUUCUACUUGGAGGUUUUGCAGGAACUGAAGAAGCCCCUGAAGCUGUUAUCUGUGCCUGACAGCCGUCGUUAUCCUGAAAUUCCAGACCGAUUCCUAAGUGCUCUAGAAGAUUUCCCACUCACAAUACCCCAGGGAGUCCAAACAUACCAGAGCGUCACUCCUCACCAGCCUCUCCAAGACCCAGUGGGACGCCCCAUCAUGCAUUUGUCAGGCCUUAAACAUGCCACCGGGGAAGCCAUAUUUUGUGACGACAUCCCCAUGGUGGAUAAAGAGCUUUUCAUGGCUUUGGUGACCAGUACCCGGGCUCAUGCAAAAAUCAUAUCAAUUGAUUCAGCUGAGGCCCUGGAACUACCUGGGGUGGUUGACGUGAUAACAGCUGAAGACAUUCCGGGCACCAAUGGGGCUGAAGAUGACAGAUUGUUGGCUGUAGAUGAGGUCUUUUGCGUGGGCCAGAUCAUCUGUGCUGUGGUUGCAGAGACAGAUGUACAGGCAAAGCAAGCAAUCGAAAUGAUAAAGAUCACUUAUGAAGAUCUAGAACCUGUUAUCUUCACCAUCGAGGAUGCCAUAAAACACAAUUCAUUCCUAUGCCCUGAAAAAAGACUUGAACAAGGAAACAUUGAGGAGGCAUUUGAAAAAGCUGAUCAAAUUGUUGAAGGGGAGGUACAUGUUGGAGGACAGGAACAUUUUUACAUGGAAACACAAAGAGUGCUUGUCAUUCCAAAGACUGAAGACAAAGAACUGGACAUUUACGUGUCAACACAGGAUCCAGCCCAUGUGCAGAAAACAGUGUCCUCUACUUUAAACGUCCCUAUCAACAGGAUCACCUGCCAUGUAAAACGAGUGGGUGGAGGUUUUGGAGGGAAAGUAGGAAGGCCAGCUGUAUUUGGGGCGAUUGCAGCUGUGGGUGCCGUCAAAACUGGCCACCCCAUUCGUCUUGUCCUUGAUCGUGAAGAUGAUAUGUUAAUAACUGGGGGCAGGCACCCAUUAUUUGGAAAAUAUAAAGUGGGGUUCAUGAACAAUGGGCGGAUCAAAGCUAUGGACGUUGAGUGCUACAUUAAUGGAGGAUGCACCUUGGACGACUCGGAGAUGGUAACAGAGUUUCUUAUACUCAAGAUGGAAAACGCUUACAAAAUCCGCAACCUCAGGUUCCGAGGCCGUGCGUGCAUGACAAAUUUACCAUCCAACACGGCCUUCCGUGGAUUUGGCUUCCCACAAGGAACUCUGGUGACAGAAUCUUGUAUCACAGCUGUAGCAGCCAAAUGUGGCCUUCUACCAGAACAGAUUAGAGAGAAAAACAUGUACAAAACAGUUGAUAAAACUAUCUACAAACAAGCAUUCAACCCUGAAACCCUAAUAAGAUGUUGGAACGAAUGUCUGGACAAGUCUUCCUUUCACAGCAGAAGAAUGCAAGUGGAAGAGUUCAAUAAGAAGAACUACUGGAAGAAAAAAGGCAUUGCUAUCAUCCCCAUGAAGUUCUCCGUCGGCUUUGCUGCUACAAGCUAUCAUCAGGCAGCUGCGCUUGUUCACAUCUACACAGACGGGUCUGUACUCGUCACACACGGAGGCAACGAGCUGGGACAAGGUAUCCACACCAAAAUGCUGCAGGUGGCCAGCCGUGAACUAAAAAUACCCAUGUCUUACAUGCACAUCUGUGAGACGAGCACGGCAACGGUGCCCAACACGGUUGCCACAGCAGCAUCCAUCGGGGCAGAUGUCAACGGCAGAGCUGUGCAGAAUGCUUGUCAGAUCCUUCUGAAACGCCUUGAGCCAAUUAUUAAGAAAAAUCCAGAAGGUACAUGGGAAGACUGGAUAGAGGCUGCAUUUGAACAAAGAAUCAGUCUCUCAGCCACUGGAUAUUUCAGGGGCUACAAGGCCUUCAUGGACUGGGAGAAGGGGGAGGGAGACCCAUUUCCAUAUUACGUCUAUGGAGCCGCCUGUUCUGAAGUUGAAAUUGACUGUCUGACAGGUGCUCACAAGAAAAUCAGAACAGACGUUGUCAUGGAUGCAUGCUGCAGCCUAAAUCCGGCCAUUGAUAUUGGGCAGAUUGAAGGUUCAUUUAUUCAGGGAAUGGGUCUUUAUACCACUGAAGAGCUGAAAUAUUCCCCAGAAGGUGUCCUGUACUCUCGGAGCCCAGAUGAGUACAAGAUUCCAACCAUCAACGAUGUCCCAGAGGAGUUCAAUGUCUCCUUAUUGCCAUCAUCACACACCCCACUAACUAUCUAUUCAUCUAAGGGCCUUGGGGAGUCAGGAAUGUUCCUGGGAUCAUCUGUGUUCUUUGCCAUUGCUGAUGCUGUGGCCACAGCACGCAGAGAGAGAGACUUAGCUGAGGACUUCACGGUGAGGAGUCCAGCCACACCAGAACGAGUUCGAAUGUCCUGUGCAGAUCGGUUCACAGAAAUGAUUCCAAGAGAUGAUCCUAAGACAUUUAAACCUUGGUCUAUUCCUAUAGCAUAAUACUGCUAUCAUUUCCUGAAAGUACUUCAGUUCUUCAUGAGUGAGAAGACAGCUUUUUGAUCUCAACUGGACUCCAAACUGAUAUACUGCUGUGUAAAAAAAAAAAAA